CCCUUCCUCAUCUCAUUACUGUUAUAUUUCUAACUCCCUUUUCCUCCCUCUUUAUGUUCCCCUUUCUUCAUUUACUUUAUUUCAUCACAUUUCCUUUCUUUUUCUCCUUCCAGCAAAAUAAGUAAAGAUGAAAAACAAAGGCGAGUAAAAUAUAUUAAUAAACUGUUAUCUGUCUGCAGGAAUAUGAACCUUCCCCCGAGCCUGCCAUGGGACCCCUCCUCCUCCUCCUCCUCCUCCUCCUCCUCAUCGUCGCCCCAGGAUAAAGGAUGACGGAAGACACGCCCCAGAGGAAGACGUCAGCCAGGAAUCCCUGCGCGGUCAGCCUCUUGCUGGGGGUGCGGCAGCGGCAGCAACCGAUGGCAAGUCUGGAGAAGCAGGGUGAGAUGGAGGUGUGGCCAGGCCUGUACGCACACCUCACCUCCCAGCUGAUGGCCCUGGCGUGGGGCAAGGUGGUGCUGGUGCUGGAGGUGUGGCCAGGCCUGUACACACACCUCACCUCCCAGCUGAUGGCCCUGGUGUGGGGCAAGGUGGUGCUGGUGCUGGAGGUGUGGCCAGGCCUGUACGCACACCUCACCUCCCAGCUGAUGGCCCUGGCGUGGGGCAAGGUGGUGCUGGUGCUGGAGGUGUGGCCAGGCCUGUACACACACCUCACCUCCCAGCUGAUGGCCCUGGCGUGGGGCAAGGUGGUGCUGGUGCUGGAGGUGACCAGUCUGACCUCACCCAAACAUUGUGGCAGGAACUGAGCACCACACAUCCACACACUGGGUGGGUGGUGCCUGCCGUCCUGGCCAAGAGUGCCGCCCACACCCUCAGUGCCUUGCUGGGCCACCACUGCCCCCCUGCUGGACCCCCCUGCAGCCAUCACCAAGGUGCCUGAUAGCUGUCUGUCUGUCUAUAUCUUUCUGUAUCAAUCUGUCCAUCUCUGUGCCUGUCUAUCUAUCUCUGCUUAUAUCUGUCUUUAUCUAUCUAUCUAUCUCAGUCUGUCUAUAUCCAUUUAUCUAUCUCUCUGUCUGCCUUAUCUCUGAUG